GCCUUGCCUAGAUCCCUAGGACAACCAUGAAGGCCAUUAUCUUCCUUGCCCUCCUGGGGGCUGCUGUUGCUUAUCCCGUUAGUGAUGAUGAUGACAAGAUUGUUGGAGGCUACACAUGUGCACCUAACUCCCUCCCCUAUCAGGUGUCUCUGAACGCUGGCUAUCAUUUCUGUGGUGGUUCUCUCAUCAAUGACCAGUGGGUGGUAUCAGCUGCUCAUUGCUACAAGUCCCGAAUCCAGGUGAGACUGGGAGAGCACAACAUUGAUGUCAUUGAAGGUGGUGAGCAGUUCAUUGAUUCAGCUAAAGUGAUCCGCCAUCCUAACUACAAUUCUUACAUGAUUGACAAUGACAUCAUGCUGAUUAAGCUGAAAACACCUGCCACCCUCAGCUCUCGAGUGUCUGCCGUCUCCCUGCCUAAAUCCUGUGCUGCUGAUGGAACUUCAUGUCUCAUCUCUGGCUGGGGCAAUACUUUAAGUUCUGGUGUCAACUACCCAGAACUGCUUCAGUGUCUGGAUGCCCCCCUGCUUUCUGACGCUACCUGCCGCAAAGCCUACCCUGGACAGAUCACCGACAACAUGAUCUGCUUGGGCUAUCUGGAGGGUGGAAAGGAUUCCUGCCAGGGUGAUUCCGGUGGCCCUGUGGUCUGCAAUGGAGAACUUCAAGGAAUUGUCUCCUGGGGUUAUGGUUGUGCUCAGAAAGGCAAACCUGGUGUCUACACUAAGGUCUGCAACUAUGUGGACUGGAUUAAGAAGACCAUUGCAGAAAACUAAACUGUUUCCUUUAUGGCUCCUUUUCUCUGAUCUAAUCCUCUUGCAAUUACCAAAAAUGUAGAGCACUCCAUCUACUAAUCACAAAUGGAGAAAUUGUAUUUAAAUAAAGACUUGUAUCCUGUA